AGUAAAAUUCCUGCCUGUGUAUAUAUUGAUUAUACAGAACUCAUUGUAGCUAGACCGAGACCGCCAUAAUAAUCCACACCGGAACAGAUUGUUUUAAGUUUAAAAUGUCCAAUUAAAAUCAAAAGAGGCUCGAAUUAUCUCAAGUGAAACCACGUGACUUGUAAGAAGAGGAAGGCUGCACUUUUUUUUAAUAUUUGGACGGAACCGAAAGCAAGGAAGCGGAGUGAUGAGUCAUGUAGGUUAUAGUAUUCUGUGAGUUCUGUCAACAUGUGGACGCUGAUCUAUCUGUUUCUUGCCUGUCUGGGUCUCUUGGGUUACACGGAGAGCAGGUCCACCUGCCCCCCAGAGGCCGUGCAGACCGUCAGAAACUGUAUCAGCUCCUCCAUUCCAUCCUUCGCACCCUCAAAAAAGUACACCCUGAAGGCCGAGAUAGAAAUCAUGUGGGGGGCUUGUAGAUCUUCCAGCCUUGCUGAGGCCUCUAACUGUGUAAAGCGUGUUAUGGACAAAUGUACCGGGAUGACUGAUGAAGAACAGAAUCUACAGAGACUUUUCAGCCACAAGGAUAUAGAACAUACCUAUAGAUACUUCUGUGACAAUUUCGAUCUGUAUGAAAAACACAUAGGGUGUAUUCAAGAUCAACAUCAGGCUGCCACUAACUGCUCUCGACCUCAGAUGGACAGCUUUAAAAGGAAAAUAACGGCCAAAUCACCUAUUGAGGUCAUGAUAUUGUCUAGUUGUUCCACCCACCAGAUAAUGACCGAGUGUCUGUUAGAGCCAGUGAACCAGAACUGCGGGGACAGAGCUGCCAUGUUCUUAGAACACAUCACGUUAAACCAACGUCCACCAGUGUGCCAUCCUCUGACGCCAAAGUACAGCAGUCUUCAGAAUGACCAACCUAACAGUGCCAUCACGUCAGCAAUGACGUCAGGGACCAUAUGGGGCUCUGUAUUAUUUAUGUUUGCUUGGAAUUUAAUGUCAUUCUGAAUUACCCUAAAGUAAUAAUCUUGUACUCUAACGAUGCAAAAAUCGUUUAAAAAUAUGUAAAUUUAAAAAGUUAUUAAUUACCUUAUUUGUGCAACAACUUCGUAAGUCAUCAGUUUGCACGUUCAAGACUAUAUGAGAUGCGUCCAAAGGAAUUAUCCCCUCGCUGCCUCUUGUGAUAUAUCAACCUUACCGGUGUUGAAUCAAAGCCACCAUUGAUGCACCUAGGUAGCCGUAAAACAAAUGGUACAUUCCAUUGCCUCAUCAUGCAACGCCGACAAAACAACGCAUGUGGCUGCUGCUUUUUUUUAGUCCCACAAACCCUGUAUGUAGCUUGUACAUGUAAUGUACAAAUCAGUCGUCUGUUACUUGCUGUGAAUACUUAGCAUCAAUGUAUAUAUCGUCGCAAGCCACGGGUUUUUUGUCCAUUUUAUUUCCACAAACCCCCCGGCAUUGUAACCCUUGGCUUGCGACAAUGUGCACAUAUAUAUGCAACUUUUUAAAUGUAUAUGCGCAAAUACUCAUCUUACGUUUGAAUUUACUGUUACAGUAUAACUUGUCAUAUUUUGUUCUGCAUGGAUAGUUCGACUGUGUUUUAUCAUUUUGUUUUUGAUAAAUUUAAUAUGUGCCAUAUAACUGUUAUAAGCUGGAGAAACAUGUAUAACUGUUAAAAUCAGUCCCUAUAAAGGAUCCUUUAUUACCUCCGCAGAAGUAGCUUAGGGGUUAUGUUUUCAUGUAUAUUUUACUUGUCCGUCUGAAAGAUAUGUAUAUUUUACUUGUCCGUCUGAAAGAUAUGGAAACAGUUCGGAACAGAAUUUGAUUUAAAAUGUACUGUGGACGGGGAAGAAUCAAUGGGUUAGACCGACCUAGGUAAAAAAAAAAUUCAUUAUCAGUUGAGAGAUCUCAGAAAAGUUACAGUUUUAAUAAAAUGAGGAAACUUUGCCUUUUGGACAAGGGAGAAUUAUUAACUAAAAUUUAUUGUAUCUUAAAAGGGAAUUUCAUGAAUUCUAUAGUAGGAGAGACAACUCUAGAUUCAACAGUAUGUCUUCCUCUCCAUGUGCCAUCUAUAUAUAGAGUUUAUUUACUGUACAUACUGAAAUUAUAAAUUAUGUUCAUUAUUUAUUUCAAAAUUAGUCAUCUUUUAAAAAAAUGUGCAAUAUGCAUAUUAAAAAAUAAUAAGCAUUUACGGUUGUUAAUUGCCCAAGCAGAUCUUCAACAUUGUUCAAUUUUAUUACAAAUUUUUAAAGCAUAUUGUCUUUGGAGAGCAAUAAAUUUUUAAUAACAAAGUA